GGGAGUUUAGGCGCGGGGCAGGGCGUCCUGACCCUCCCGGGCGGCAGCCGCCAGCCGUGAGAGUGGCGGUUUUUGCGGCCAGCGGCGUCAGUAGCUACUGCGGUGCCUUUGCCGUCUCCUCAGCGACUCCAGCCGCAGCCACCCUUCCAGCCCUCCGCGUCACGACUGGCGCUGCCGCCCGACGGGCAGGCCGCCGUGGGCAGCGGAGCCCAUGAGGGCGCGGGCCCUGCCGCCGCGUUUGCGGCGUCGCCGUCGUCCGAGAGCGUCCCAAGCCGGCGCGGGCAUGGCCGCGGCAUGAGUGCCGAGCCGACGCCGCCGCCAGAGCCGGAGGACCAGGCGGCGUCGGAGCCCGCGGCGGGAGCCAUGCCAGAGAAGCGCCCGGGCGCGCAGAACGCCGGCGGCCUCUCGCUACAAGGCUUUGGCAGACCAAGUGUAUACCAUGCUGCUAUUGUCAUCUUCCUAGAAUUCUUUGCGUGGGGCUUGUUGACAACUCCAAUGUUAACUGUUCUACAUGAAACAUUUCCUCAACAUACAUUCCUUAUGAAUGGUCUCAUUCAAGGUGUAAAGGGCCUGCUGUCUUUUCUGAGUGCCCCCCUCAUAGGCACUCUGUCUGAUGUGUGGGGGAGGAAACCCUUUCUCCUCGGCACUGUGUUCUCCACCUGCUUCCUAAUUCCACUGAUGAGGAUCAGCCCUUGGUGGUACUUGGCGAUGAUUUCUGUGUCUGGAGUCUUCUUUGUCACAUUCUCUGUGAUAUUUACCUAUGUAGCUGAUGUCACUCAAGAACACGAGUGAAGUACUGCUUAUGGAUGGGGUAAUCAUUUUGUAAUCUGAAGACUUCCUUGAUCUCCAACAACCAGGCUCCAGUGAGUUUAUAUCUAGUCAAGAUAUGAAUGUUUCUGCCUGGUGGUCUGAAUUCUUUCCCUGCCCAUCCUGUCCCCUGUGCUUUGUCUCUCCUGGUAUCUCCCCAAUAAACUGUUCAUGGUUCUGUCUCUGUAACAUCU